AUGUCACUGGCAGCGUCUGCUUUGGAGUCGCGCAAGGAAUUUUACGGUGUUUACUUAGCAUCAAACUGCGUUUGUCGUUUUCUCACAAUUCCAGAGCAAACCAUUGCCGCCUCGUGCUUCUCUUUGGUAGGUAUCAAAUAUGCUGUUAAAACCCUAUCUGUAAGCUCAAAGAUCAGCUCGAAGAUGGGUAUUGUGCAAGAAGCCAGGAGAGAAAUGUUCGAGCGCUCGUCGCGAUUCGGCGACGUGGACCGCAGGACAACUUGGGGUGCUACCUAUAAACGAAUGUUUCGCUCUAUUUACCCCGAUGAGUCGUGGCAACAAAUAGAGAGGCGACACUUGGAACCACAGUCUUCUUCCUACGAUGUUGAACGAAUUGCUUCGAGAAGUGUGACAGAAUAUGACACACUGCGCGAUCGCCGAUUUCCUUCCUCUGUUCUACAAGCUAGACCUGCUUAUACUUACCAGUCGGUCACCACAAGACCGUCUCGUGAAGUUGAUAGUCGGAGCUUGAAGAGAGUUUCCAUUGAUGAGAGCGAAGCCAGAAGCACGUUAAGCAAAAGGGCAUACGAGAAUGGGAGCUCGUAUCUCAAAGAAGCAACGGAUGAUGUCAAUGUUCGUGAAUAUAUCCAAGAUGUUAUGAGUCGUGAGUUUCGUGAUCAAAGGAAUCUAACAGUUAGGCAACUCAAUCAUCAUCCGGAAGCUGUUUUUAACAAAACUUUGAAAAUUUCUGGGCCCGAAAAGACCGUCUACGUGCAUCUGCGCAAUCGAGUACGAACAUCAUCAGAAGAGCGGGGAGAAGAGGGUGGUUCUAGAAUAGAGCAGAGCUGGACGGAACCUAGAGCAGAGGUUUCAACCGAACGAGUGGAAUCUUACCGUCAAAGGUUCGUAAAUGACUCUGCAGCCCACACCAAUGCCUCGUCUUGGACCGGACCUCAUUCUAAUAUACCAGUUGUCAGUUCCGCUGGGACUUCUCAAAGGGAAAGAAGAAAUAGCUACUGCGAAGUUUACGAUGAUGGCGUCUUGGAGAGAGAUCAAGAAACAUUCGAUCAGAUAACCAGACUAAUUUCCCGCGGAGAAGCAUUACAUCGAGAAGAGUUGCUAAUUCUAAAAGACUUUCACUGUCCACGAGUGGCAGAGGAUGAAGCUGAGUUGUUCUACCUACUACGUCAACCUCGUGAAGGAGAUGAACGACGAAUUCGACGUCUGAGACAGGAUCUGCAUGAGAGAUAUACCUACUACGAGAGCCUUCUGGAAGCGGCGCGACCAGUGGACACUACAAGCGCAAUAUUAGCACAUCGAAUUCUUCUCGCUGAUGCCUAUUUCUUUCACGCAAGAAUAGAAGAAGAUCCAAGUGCUCAGCAAAGGCUUUACCGACGUUCAGUAGGUGCCUAUAGUGAUCUGCUCAAUCUAGCAAAGCGAACACUUCCUUCGACAGACGACUCUCUUCUCUCAAUUUUAGAGAAGAUCUCGCAAAUCCUUCGCGAAAGUCAUAGUCAAGAGCCCGGCCUUGUUAUGGAAAUGACAACAUUGCUAGAUAGGGCAGAAGCAGAGUUGAAAUCUCGGCCAAAUGGAGACCUGGAAAGGAAAAUUUGCCGGAUCCGCGACAAUAUCGAAGCCCUUGGAAGUUACUACUACCUUUACUUCUGA